AUCCCACGUGCCGCGAUGGGUCGGCAGACUCUCAACGGGGGGCUCCCAGACUCCUUUGCACUUUUGGGUAAUAUGGCGGCGUCCGGGAGGCAAGUAGGGCAAUUUAUCUAUAAAAACAACAGAAUUUUGUAUACUAACCUGCAAUGGGCGUCAUUUCAAAGGAAUUUCUUCGGCGUCUCAGCUUUACGCCAACAAGCUGUAGAAGCCAACAAAGCAGAGUCGUCGGAGCCAAUAAGCAUCCCCAGAAAGAAACUAUGGAGCAAGGAGUCAGUAUUGGAGGCCUUGGCUACAACUGUGCGCCGGGAUCCUACAGCAUAUCCCUACCAAUUCCAAGAUGAUCCUUACCUCUCUCCAAGGACCUCUCCUCAGUUUAAAAUUUACUCCCUCUCUCAAGAGUCAGGAAGAUCUGCAGCAAAAUAUUUUGUCAACACUUAUCCAAAGUUCUUCACCAAAGAUUUUUCUGAACCACAUAUACCCUGCCUAAUGCCGGAUACAGUUUCGCUGCGUCUUGAAGAAAUGAGUGAAGAGGCACUGAAGGAAAGGAUCAGCUUGAGGAAAGUCAAACUUGCUGUCGACAUGUAUGAUCAACUUUUGCAAGCUGGGGUAUCAGUGUCUAUGGAGACCACUCACGGCCUAUUAGACUUAAUCUGUUUGUAUUGUGACCGAGACCCUAUCGAGGAGAAUGCGAUACAGACAGAGGAUAUGGAGGAAUCAGUAGCGGAGGUGAGGAAGAGAAACAGGAAGGUUCGUCGAACCUCAGACUUGCCAAAACUCACUUGGAGAGAAAAUAACAACGCAGAAAGAAUAUUUAACCUGCUGCCAGAGAGAGAUACUCAAUGUUAUUCUGCUCUCAUAAGAGGCAUGGUUAAGCAUGGAGCCUAUGCCAAGGCCUUCAGUGUGUACACAGACCUGCUUAACAACAGACUGACAGCUGACAUCCACAUUUUCAACGCAUUGAUCACAGCUGCUCCAGAAGUCAAAGACAAAUACGUUGAGAAAUUGGACCUCAUCACUGAAAUUUUAAACCAGAUGAGUCAACAAAAAAUCCAGCCCAAUCUACAGACCUUUAACAGUGUUCUUAAAGCCUUCAGACGACAUAGUUCCUUGGCCAGAUCGUCAGCGUUCCAGACUCUAAGUGAGAUGACAGCUUUGAGGAUAGCGCCCAGUCUGGCUACCUUUGACCAUAUCCUGCGUAUAUUUUACAAACCUGCAUCAUAUGGCCAUGGUGACACUGACAUUUUACAGGAAGUAAUGUCAGAGCUGGCAGGGAAAAGCUUCACCUGCCAGGAUCCGGAUGACGUGCUGUUCUUCUCUAGGGCCAUGGGAGUUUGUCUGGAAUUUAAAGAUCUGGAACUUGGAUAUAAAGUCCACAGUCUUGUCGAGAUAGGAGAAAACUGGAGGCUUCUAGGUGAUUCCUACCAAAUGAGCAUUUACUAUGGUCGCUUUUUCAGCCUUUUAUGUAAAAUGGAGCACAUCGAUGUGGUGCUGAAGUGGUAUAAAGAGCUCAUUCCCUCGUUAUAUUACCCAAAUCCUCAGGGACUGAGAGAUCUCCUGCAGGCUCUGGACACAGACAGUCGCUUGGACAUUCUACCUACUAUAUGGAAAGAUAUACAGUCUCUGGGUCAUGAUAAUAAAACUGAACUGAUAGAAGAGCUACUCUCCUUGAUGGCCAGAGAGAAACACAGUCCUGAGGUCCAAGAGUCUUUUGGUACAUGUGCUUUGGAAAUAAAAAGUGCAUUUGAUAAGAACAGAAGUAACAUCAGUCUGGAAUGGAGCCCUGCCACGCUCUCGCAUGUUACUUCCCUUCUGCUACGAGCCAACAAGAUCCAAGAGGCUUGGAAAAUGUUGCAGCUUUUCAAAGAAAAAAACAGAGUUCCUUCUGGUGACCUGUUGGAAGACUUCCUGUCCUUGUGCCGAAGCGAGGGCUCUGCUCAAAAAGCGGUGGACCUUGUUCAGCUGUCGGCAGCUUUCUGUCUUCAGGCAACACCGAGGCUGGCUAAACUGACACUUGCUGAAUUUCAGUUAAGCGAGGAGCAAAGAACCAUUUUGUCUGAACUGGAGACUGUUCCAGAGCCUGAAGAUUGAAGAGAUGGGUCAGCUUUCAUAAUGAAAAACUAUCACAAGCAACUGUUGAAAAUGUGGUAACAUCCUAAGUCUGUCCGCUGCAUAUCUUUGUCUCAUGGUGCAGAUUGACUUGUUGGGGUAAAGACGAUGUACUGGUAUGUACAGUACUACAAAUUUACAAAAAUGCGCUAAAGCUGUGUUGUUGUUGUUCAUGUCCGCUAGAUGUCAUCAUUUCUUGCAAAUGACCUCAUGAAAGUUGUAUUGUAACAAUAAUUCAUUAUCACAAAUACAGUGUUUUCUAUAAAUGAACAUGUUUUUGUUUUACUGCGUGACAGUGCACAGUGAUAUGAUGCUGAUGAAUAAUGAUGCUCCACAAGAGAAAUAAUAUAUACAGGCAAAUUUUUCACUUGGUGAUAACAAACAGACUUCCUUAAAAUAGUGAGUACCGGUAGUUAUUUCCUGCAGAAUGUGGAAUACAUUUUGUGUAUAAGUUGAAGCAGAGUGAUGUGUCAAACACUGGAUCAUUCCAGAAUUUGAUCAGCCAGCAUCGUUCAAGCAUGAACUCACAGCAUUGAUUCACAACCCUAUUACUUUUAAAAGCAGUUCUUAAAUUAUAUAUGUAUAUUUCUAAUGUAUUUAAUUUUUUUUUUUAAAGUUAUGUUUUACUAGACUGCCUGAUUGCACAUCACAAAAAUUGCCAGAAGCUCUGGAAGGUGUGUGCACAUCAACACACAGGUGUGAGUCAAAUUGCUCGAUUUACUCCACCAAUCACAAGCUGAUCUGAGAGCACAUCCAAAUAAGGGCAUGUGUUCUACUGUCAGGGGGGUUGGCAGUAUGGCGCUUUUUUCAUGGGUGUGGUAUUGCACUCCAUAGUGUGUCAAACUGCACAUUUUUGCACAAACACUACCGAAACAGAUCAAUCAUCGCAGCACUGCUCAUUGUUCACUUGUUAACUCCAGUACAUCAAAACUCUUGUAACUGCUUUGCGAUGGAAUGUCUGUUCAACUAUAUCUCAAAUAUGCUUUGAGAACAAAUACAAAGUUGCUUAUUCAAGAUUACAGAGAUGAAUUUCCAACCACAAAGAUAUAAUUGGCCUGAUGGAAAGGUUCUAACAAGCUUGCAAAAGUAACUUUUCAUGUACAUUCCUUUCUUCUGUACUCAUUAGUUUAAUGCAAUUGCACUUUGAGGCACACACCAACACAGGAUGUGAUGGCACAUCCUCCUGCGCUUUUGAUAUUUCUCCCACAUGUUGACAUCAAGUUCAAAUAUUCUCGCUACGCUUGGCGGGAUUUAAGAGCAAAGAAAAGGGAAUGAGGUGUGCUAUUAAAAGUGAAAUCCUGAAAUUGAAGAAGGGAUUGGGAAGACUGGGAAACACAAAAGGAGGGGACUAAGAACAAGGCAACACAUUGCAUACAAUGCAAAAGUUGUGGCCCAAUUUAUUUGACAUACACUCACAGGCAACUUUAUUAGAUCCAGUCAUAUGUCCAGUCUAUGGUCUAGUCCAACUGCUUGCCAAUGCAAAUGUCUAAUCAGCCAAUCGGAUGGUAGCAACUCAAUGCAUUUAAGAAUGUAGACAUGGUCAAGACGAUUUGCUGCUUUUCAAACCAAGCAUCAGAAUGGUGACUCUGAACUUGGUAUUGUUGUUGGUGCCAGAUUGGCUGGUCUGAUUAUUUUAGAAACUGUUGAUCUACUGGGAGUCUCACUAUCUCUAGGUGUUUACAGACAAUGGUCCAAAAAGAGAAACCUUCCAGUGAGUGGUAGUUCUGUGGGCAAAAAUGCCUUCUUUAUAUCAGACGAGAAUAGCCAGACUGUUUGGAGCUGAUCGAAAGGCAACAGUAACUCAAGUAACCUCUUGUUGCAAACGGUGUAUGCAAAACAAUCUGAACGCAUAACAUGUCAAGCCAUGAGGCAGAUGGGCUAUAGCGGCAGAAGACCACAUCACGUUUCAGAUAAGAACAAAAAACUGAGGCUAAAAUUCACACAGGAUUACCAAAAUUGGACAAUAUAAGUUUGGAAAAAUGUUUCCUGGUCUGAUGAGACUCUUUCUGCUGCGACAUGCAGAUAUGUGUAGUGUCAGAAUUUGUCGUCAACAACAUGAACACGUGGAUCCAUCCUGCUAUGUAUCAACGGUUCAGGAUGUUCUUGAUGAUGAUGUGGGGGAUAUUUUCUUGUUGCUCAACUUGUCCAUUCCUUUAUGACCACGGUGUACCCAUUUUCUGUUGGCUCCUACCAAUAGGAAAAACAAGCCGUGUCAUAAAGCUUGAAUCAUCUCAGACUGGUUUCGUGAACAUUACAAUGAGUUCACUGUAGUCAAAUGGCCUUCACAGUCACCGGAUCUCAGUCUAAUAGAACACCUUUGGGAUGUAGUGGAACGGGCUAGUCACAUCAUGGAUAUCCAGCGACAAAUCAGCAGCAAUUACGUGAUGGACCAAAGUCUCUCAGGAAUGUUUCCAGUACCUUGUUGAAGCUAUGCCACAAAGGAUUGAGGAACUUCUGAAGGCUUGCUCGUCAUCACAUUGAACACCCACUUCAUUUAACAUAAAUGACAGCUUCUGACUUCGGUGUUUGAUUAUUUAAUCACAUAGGCUUGAAUACGUUCUCAUGCCCAAUAUAGUCAGUCCUCCAUUCCUCAUGUCUUUUAUUCUGUUUGCGCCUCUUCCAGUCAAUGUAUUCUUGUUUGUUAGACAAACCUUUGAGAGAACAAGUCAAUAGAGCAAUGGCUUGACCAUGAGUCUCAGUAAAUGCUCAAGGUGCAGUCCACAACCAUUAUGGAAAUUAUCUGAACGUGGGUUCUAUUUUUCAUUCAACUGAACCUAUGUAACUACAUGUUUAACUUCAUACAAAGCAGAUAAGUAUCACAUUAGCAUGUCGGAUGUGAAAUAAUACCGAUUCACUGAAUUCCAGUCGAAAGCCACAGAACUCACUGUCGAACUGUAAGAGAAGUUUACACAUUGCAAAGAGAAAUCAAACCACUGCGACCAAACACUUGUGUAGCCUUAAGAAAAUAAUCUCAGUAGAAUUAAUGGGAACAAGCGCUGCUCUUGGAGCGUAAUGUCCCGAGCAAUGGAAAAGGUCAUGUGAUGCCAGAUUUAUGGAUACAUUUUGUAAGAAGACAGACAGAUGAAGCGAAAAAGCCCUUGUGCUUGAAUGUCAUCCAUUUUAUCAUAGGACUUAUCCUCGUUGGGACGUGGUGAGGUGGAGCCACAUGGAUUGGUCGCCGGUCAAUUGAAAUGCACACAGGAAGACAACCAUUCAAAUUAACAAAUAUGGACAAACGUCUACCUAUUUGUGGGAAAAUCAUUUCCGCAGCUUUUAUAGUGCGAUCUCUGAGCAGCAAAAACCAAGUCCUUUUAAAAAACUUUUAGUGGUGAUUUGCCACAAAUGAGGAAUUUACUCUGACAAGAUUCAGCACAUCACUGUAGGGUGAGAUGUUGGGUGUGAGGGGAGUAAAAAAAAAAAAAAAACAGUAAGGGGAGGAGCUGCUAGGAGAGGUAUGAGGAGAGUAGAGAUGUGGAAUUCUUACAUGUAGAGACUGGUAGAAACAGCAGGAAACCUUGCAAGACCACAUUAUGGUCAUAGACAGUUUACUAUAAUAGCCAUUCUGGAAAAUCUGUCAUUUGGAACUUGCUUAAACUGUGAUACACUCAGUAUUCAGCACAAGAAAAAGGCCUGGUUAAGAGGUGGAAAUAAAAAUGUUCAAAAGUCAUUAUGAUGCAAGAAUACAGUGAAAUGCUGAUCAUAUAGAGCAAAGGUGUCAAACUGGCGGCUUAAGCGCCAGAUCUGGCUUACCUCAUUAUUGUGUGUGGCCCACGAAUGUAAAUCCUGUAAUGUCAUGACUUCCUGGUUUUCGCUAAAAUCAAUUUUAUAUGCAUUUUCUGUAGUCUUUGAUGAAAGAUCAAAGUCCAGACAUUGUUUUUUUUUUUUUUUUUUAUUAAAUUCCUAAAUAAGAAAUAAAAGAACAUUUACCAUCUU